CAGGUAGGUGGGGGGAGAGGCGACAGCGGGUAGCCCGUGUAUUCGCCGGGGGAAGGCCCCGCCUGCGCGCCCCGCCCGCCGUCGCGCCGCGCGGCUCAGUUCGCGCUCGUCGCCACGCUACCCGCUCGUAACGGUCUCGCUUCUAAUAAAACACGCGAAAAAAAUGUGUUCCUUAUUUAAAAAAAUAGUGCGUAGCGGACGUUAAUUAUAUCGAAUUAAAAGCAAAAAUGUUGACGUGAUUUAAUUUGUAAUUAGAAUCUUAUUGGACUUUUCUUCAGUGGACAAUGAUUUUAAAACGGAGACAGUCGAGUGAAAUGACGGUUUGCAUUGAGUGUUGAUGGAUGUGGAGACGGAGGGCUGGUCGCGGGCCAGGAUGGUGGCGGAGGAGAGCAAGGCCCGCGCCACGGACUUCAGCAUCGCGGCCAUCAUGGCCCGCGGGGAACCGCGCAGCCCCGUCGCCGUUUCGCCGACGCGAACUGGUUCAGUGUCGCGGCAGAGUUCUCCCGCGUCGCUCUGCUCGCCAGCAUCCAGCUGUCGGUCACCCGCGCCCGACGAGGACGUGGAUGUCGACGUGGAGCAGUGUUCUGACGGAGAGGACGGCUCUGACCACGCUGCUCCUUCCCCUGCACCAUCCUCAGAGCUAGGGGAGCGCGACACACCAUCCCCCGCGCGGCCGCUGCCGCCGGCCACCUCCUGCAACUGCGAGGAGCUGCUGACGGUGGACUGCCAGCUCGAGACCAAGGAGCUCUGGGACAAGUUCCACGACCUCGGCACCGAGAUGAUCAUCACCAAGACUGGGAGACGUAUGUUCCCGACGGUGCGCGUAUCGUUCGCGGGGUGUCGCGCGGAGGCACGGUACGCGGUGCUGCUGGACGUGGUGCCGGUGGACGGCAAGCGGUACCGCUACGCGUACCACCGCUCCUCGUGGCUGGUGGCGGGCAAGGCGGACCCGCCCGCGCCCGCGCGCCUCUACCCGCACCCCGACUCGCCCUUCUCCGGCGAUCAGCUGCGCAAGCAGGUCGUCUCCUUCGAGAAGGUCAAGCUCACCAACAACGAGAUGGACAAAAAUGGACAGAUCGUCCUAAACUCGAUGCACCGAUACCAGCCUCGCAUCCACCUCGUGAAGGUCCGCGACGGCGGCGGCCCCAUCACGGACCUGGCGCGCGAGCAGCACCGCACCUUCGUCUUCCCCGAGACCGUGUUCACCGCCGUCACGGCCUACCAGAACCAGCUCAUCACCAAGCUCAAGAUCGACUCUAAUCCCUUCGCGAAAGGCUUCAGGGAUUCUUCAAGGCUUACGGACUUUGAUAGAGAUCCGAUGGAGCUGAUGCUGAUGGAGCAGCAGCUGCUCCGGUCGCCGCUGCGGCUGUACGCGGGCGGCGGCGGCGCGCUGGCCGACGACGAGGCGGAGAAGCGCGCGGCGUGGGCGCGCACGCCGCCCGCGCUGCAGCUGCUGGCGCUGGGCGGGCGCGGCUGGCCCGCCGCGUGGCCGCAGCCGCUGGCGCUGCCGCCCGACCUGUGGAUGCAGAAGCCCCCCACCCCGCUCCGCUACUGCCCCUACCUGCCCCCGGCGCACGCGGCGCCCUCCGUGCGGCCCGACCACGCGCCCUCCCCGCGGCAUCCGCUGUGAAUCUUGUGCCGACUUUACUUAGACAUUCCAAAAGACGAUCUGCGAUGUGCGAGUAGAAUAAAGACUAUCGGUAAUGUGCUGUGAGGACUUGUAUAAACACUUGAUACACGUAGUACCUAAUUAAUAGUGAUUUAUAGUUAUGAGUAUCAGAGUAUCGUUAAGAAAGUAAUUACAUGGUUCCUACCGGAAAAGAUUUAACUUGUAUUGUUAAUAUAGAUUUUAACAUUAGUUACCUGAUAGGUAUCCGGUUAUCGUAUUAUUUAACUUGAAGAUAGUGUUUCGAAUUAUCUAUGUUUUUAUUUUAUUUCUUCUAACCCCUCGAAUCACCACGGAGUAGAUAUGGGGUCAGCAAAGAGCCUCAAAGAUAAAUUUAAUUUUAUAUAAGUUCUAGGUCGUCAUAUGGCCGGCUGAUAUUGAGCUCGUGGCAUUCGAGAGAUUCUUAGCUAAAAAUAAACUCAUCACGAAAACUUUGAACCAAAGAGCAUUAUAAUUUGAAUGCAAUUUUGUAAACAAUAAAAUAACUAUUUGUAGAACUAGCGACUAGACUCCUCAUUAUUGUCUAUGGAAAUUAUGAAGUUAUAAUAAGUAACAUUCCAAUAAGAUUAUAGCAUAAUAUUUAGAAAUCAACGGUCUUGAUAAUGUCAUAACUUCACUGUAUGGAAUUUGUAAAAGCGAAUAGAUGUUUCAACAUGUGGAGCAGAUAUGAUUUAAACGAAACGGUCAUGAGCAUAUGAGUUUCUUUAAAUGCUGGUGUAAGUGAAUUAUACAUAUGUAAUAAUGUAUUACAUCCCACAAUCAUAAUGUAUGAUGGAUGACUGUAGUUAGUAGCUAUAGUGGUCGUAAUCUGCAAAUAGAUCGCACGUCUUUGUUAAAUAUUAUGUGCCUAUUCCUUUUUGCCACAACAUCACUAUUCUGUUUGGAAUAAGACAGAAUAUAAUCCUGUACUAGUGACAAAAUAUUAUAGCUGUUAUGAAUCAUAUUUGAAUUGGUUGCUACCAAGGCCUUGUUUUAUGUAAAAUGUUAGUCAGCAAAUUUUAGUCCUAAUGUUAUUUUUUGCUUCUAUUUUACAUGGAUCUGAAGGACUAAUUAAUUUUUACAUGUUUCAACUAUACUAUUAAUUAACAAUUUCCUUACAAAAUAUAUUUCACUUACAUCGCAUAACCCUAUUGUGUAUGCGUAUGUAAAAUAUAGAAUAUAUGUAGGUAUUUAUAUUCCAUUAGUAUUGUACCUUGAAAAUGUAGAUAUGUAUUGUAUAGCGAUUGAUUAAAUUAUUUUUGUAGAAUAAGCACUGUACAUAUGGAGAUCACUUAGAUGUUUGUAUCGAUAAGAAGUUAUGGAAGUGUUUUAGUGGGGACUGCGUCGCUCACAUUGUAAGUACCAGCACCUAGAAUUAUUUAACAUAAACCGACUAUUUAUGAUCAUUGAUUUCAUCCCAGAGUAGGUACCUAGUAUUAGUCUGAAGAGAUGUUGCGUACCUAAUUUACUAAUUCUGUUGUAAUAUACAUAUUAUUAUUCAAAGAUGUUAAACUAAUGUGUUAACCUCCUAUGGCCCAACCGUAAGUACAGUCAAGGGCAUAAAUAUAUAUACAUUCCCAGUUUUAAAAAUAUGUGUACGCUCUUACACCUUAGACAAUAAAGUCGUGUUCAUAUAGUUUUGAGCCAUUUGCCUGUAUCGAUAUUUUUGCCUUCGACUGUACAAGGAAAAAAAAAAUCUAAAAUAUUACAAUGAAAUUUGAAUCUACCGUGUAAGAAUCAGAUUUGAUUAUGUUUUGUUUAAAAAUUUAACGGAACGAAACAAAUGGAACUGUUCCUGUUGAAAAUGAUUUAAAUUUCGUCAAACCUUAUAAGUCCUAUAGGUAGGACUGUGAGCUUUAGGAGCCUAUGUACUUAAAGGCCAGGAGAUGAAUGCUCAAAAAAAGUUAUAGAGGGAAAUGCUUGGAACAUAAUUUUGAUUUCAAAACUUUGUUUGGACUAGUUAGGAGGUGAACAUAUCAAAAGUAGCCCCGGCCGUAGCCCUUGAGGGGGGUUUGAACUUGAAGGUCCCAUUUUUCGAUUAUAUUUCGGAAACUAUGCAUCUUAACGACAUGACCACUUACACAAAAUGAAAGUUAAUUUAAUUUGUUACAAGUUUUAUUUAGUCAAGUUUUUCGACAUAUUGAAUAGUUUUUGAAAUAUCCGCUCUUAAAAGUUUAUUUAGGGCUCUAAAUUUUAUCUUGAUAUCUACAUCAGUGAAGCUGCUAGGCCGGGUUCGGUAUCGUUUUCGUAUAAAUCGGGGGUGCUGAAUCCAUUUAUAGUAUCACAUUGACACCAUUCCGAAGUCUAGUUUGUCAAUAGUCUGCCUCAUUUCAAACAUAGACCUCUGAAUCAUACUAUCGUUGUCUUACACUAGUACUAGCACCCAAAUGAAAAGGAUUAGUAUAGUUUUUUUGUUCUUAUUUACUGUCAAUUUGGUUUAACCAACUAUAAAAACAAUAUUCAAAAAAACUUAGCUUAAACCGCUGAACCGAUUUCGUUGAAAUUGGUAUAGAAAUAGUUGUCCCGGGACAGGACAUACGAUAGUUUUUACAACCAAAAUCAUUUUUUAAGGGUGUGAAAAUUGGGGUGGAAGUUUGUAUGGGGAAUCAAUAACCGCUGAACCGAUUUAGAUGAAAUUUGAGAUGGUCAACAUGAUUGAUUUAGUUGAAAAUGAUACCAAACAUGACUUCAAACUUCAAACCUUAACUUAAACUGUAUUUACUUCAGGAAUUCAGUUUCAGCUACGGCCUGGGACUUUUGAUAUGUUCACCUCCUAACUAGUCCAAACAAAGUUACGGAGUCAAAAACUGUGUUCUAAGCAUUUCCCUCUAUACCUUCUUAUUGCUUGGUGUAUUAUAUAUUUGUUGGAGACACGAUCGUAAGACCGUGUGCCGAGGCCGCUACAUACAAUUCUUGAUUCUUGAAAGAUUAUUUAUAAAAUGAAAUUUAACCAUAAAUAUACAUACUUACAUAUUGAGCAAUGUCACCAGGAAAGUCACAUUUUUACUUGGUCGUUCUCUACUUUAUAAAUUGAACCAAGAAAACUGGUCAAGAACGAGAUCACAAUUUUUUUGUAUUAUCCAUAUCGAUUGUUGUUACAACUCAUGUAAAUUGCAACCAAAUUCGGUCACUGGUAAAUCAAGUGUAAAAUGUUUACAUUUAAAAUAUUUGUACGUAACACAAAUACUUACCUGUAUAAAUUGCUGUGAAGUCUCUUGUAGUAAAUAUAAAUAUUUAACAUGUUGAGUGCAUAGGUGAUCAAUGUGGUUUGAUUUUGAUUUCAAUAUUUUACAACAUUUUGGAGUUCUAACACUAUUUUUGUGUAAGAAAAUCUUGAGUUUGGACCCCGAUUUCUGAUUCUCUUUAUAAAAAUCCAAAACAAGUCAAAUUGUUUCAUCUUUCUACAAAUUGGAUUUGAAAAAAAUACGUUUAAUUAUAACGAAAAGAUGACCAGAUUAAAUGUCCGGACCCGGACUGGAAUUCUCCACAAUCUCUACAUCUAUUUUACAAUACGUUAAAACCCAAAUAAAAUACCCCUUGUAUUUCGAUCAAAAUUCUAAAACAUUUCUCUCCUCAUGGGUCCGGUCAAAUAAAUUGAAUCAUGAACUAUGCAACAGCUUGUAAGAAAAAUAUUUUAAAUUCCUAAAAAAACCACCCGCAAACCAGGGAGUUUUUUCGGUUUUUAGUUAGUUAUGUAUUAAGUAGGUCACGAAACAUCUUAUCAAUAUUAUUUCUGGAACAUUUUGAUGACUGACUGACUGAAUAUUAGCGGCACGCGGCAUACCGACCAUAAGCAGCAAUAUCAAAUUGGUUUAUUUUGGUUCUGAAACCCUUGUAGAUUAUUACUAUUAUUAGUAUCUACAUCUACAUAACACUGUCACAAAAAUUGACGUUGACGGUGACCUAUUUAAUCUAGUAAAAACAAUAGCUAGGUUUUUUCUUAUAUUUAUGGCAUCAUAAUAACUUUGAAACCUAAACCUGCAUAAAUACAAUCGGUAUUGCAAAACACAUUAAAUACAAUGUAGCUGCUUAUUGAUGUGACAUUUAGAGGCAUACUUACAUUUCCGAAGCUUUUAUUAAAAUUGUUAUAGAAAUUUAGACUUUCGGCGCCUGAUGUAAAGUACUUAUUGCUAUGCAGCAACAUUUUUUGUGAACUUGUCAAUGUAAACAUAACCUCUCGUGUGCCGGGAUUAUUUUUUUCUAAUACCUAAUAGUUUCCUCGUACGCGGAUCCGUGUUCGCCGUAAUACGAGGGCUUAAAAUGCGCCAUGUGGAACUCUCAGUUGGAAAAGUAACUGGUCAUUUUAAUGAUAUAGGGUUAUAACUCUUAUGAGUAAUCAGAGUUCAUGAACAGAGGAAGAAAAAGUAUUUAUUCUAACGUGAUAAGAAUCAUAAGCAGCACUAAUAAAACCCCAAAUACAUUAUUAGGUACACUAAUACCUAGCUACCUACUAAAAUAAUACUAUCGGUAGUUUGAUACUAAAAUGACCAUCUACUUAUGAGAAUGAAUGUUUAAUUGAUACCUAUUUAUCACGUUUGCUGAUAAAAGUUGUGAUUCUGUAUAAAAAUUUCAUCUAGAGCAAUUGACGCAUUUGUCAAUAUUAGCGAAACUAUUACAUUUGUUGCCUUAGCGACAAAUAGCCUAAGGUCUCUUUUUAUUAUACAUACUAACGGCACCAAAAAAGGUGCACUGAAUGUGAGCGCGCAAGGUAGCGACAUAUCAGGGCUCGGCCCUAUGUGCUAAUAAACUAAAACUAAUUCCA